CCCACAAUGGCCUGCGAGAGCUGCAGGUCCCAGGCCCGGACGCUCCUCCGAGUCGCAUCCCGCACCUCGACCGUAUCCCGAUCCUCUUCUUCUCGGGCAGCCGCCACAUCAGUCCUCGUUCCUCUUCUCAGCGCACACGCUCCGCCCGUCCGGACGCCCUCGUCAUCACGCAGCUUCGGCAGCACAAGCUCGAGAAGGAUCCUGGGAGGCCUCGGAAGCUCGAUUGGGGAGUCGUACCGCGUCCUGGGUGCCUCCGAGAGGAUAUUCAAGGCGUGCUCCAAGGCGGCCGACUAUCGCAUCACCGAGGAGGAGCGCAAGAAUGACCAGGUCGAGAGGUUAGAGGACGGCGAAGAGAUUGGCAAGUCUCUGGAAGACGGCAACAUCUGGCACAACGCCUUCAAGCUCCCGCCAACGUUCAGCACCUGGUCGCACGUCACCAUGCUGCACCUCUACCUCGUCAACGCCCGCAUACGCUGCCUCGAGCGCGACGCCUACCGCAACUGGCAGCAGCAGCUCAUCGACCACUUCUUCUUCGAGUGCGAGAAGAAGAUGCACAUUGACCACAACAUCACCUCGAGCGCCCUGCGCCAGCGCUACCUCAAGGACAUCUUUGUCCAGUGGCGCGGCCUGCUGCUGGCCUACGACGAGGGGCUCAUCAAGGGCGACGCCGUGCUGGCCAGCGCCGUGUGGAGGAACCUGUUCAAGGGCGACCCCGAGGUCGACCCGCGCGCGCUCGUCGCCAUUGUCGGGUGGAUGCGCUCGGGGCUCGCGGCGCUCGAGGGCGCGUCGGACAUGGCCAUGUCCAAUCGGGCGCUCGAGGUGCUGGCGAGGCCGGUGGACGUGUUCUGGACGAGGCUGGAGGAGCCGUUCAAGAGGGAGGACGGCAAGGCUGCGGUGCAGGACGCAAAGGACGUCAAGGAGGUCAAGGAGGCGAAGCCUAUUGCUGAGACGGCUCAGGCUGCUUGA